GCAACAACUAACAAGCCAGUGGAUUCUGGAGGCGACGAGAGAGGAGAGGUGGGAGCGGGCGCGACGGCCGGUGGAUGGCGAUGGCGGGCGGCGGGGGGCUCAACCGGUCGUCGUCGAGGGGGCAGCUGCCGCCACAGGAGCUGCUCGACGAUCUCUGCAGCCGCUUCGUGCUCAACGUGCCCAAGGAGGAUCUGGAGUCGUUCGAGCGGAUCCUGUUCCUGCUGGAGCAGGCGCACUGGUUCUACGAGGACAACUCCGUCGAGCACAACCCCUCCCUCAAGUCGCUCUCCUUCAAGGACUUCACCACGCUCAUGUUCAAUAGCUGUGCUGCACUCAGGCCCUACCGCGCGCACCUUGACGACAUUUACAAGGAUUUCACUCACUACAAGUUCAGCGUCCCUGUCGCCGGCGCCAUCAUCCUCGAUGACACCUAUGAGAAGUGCUUGCUUGUGAAGGGAUGGAAGUCUAGUGCCAGUUGGAGCUUUCCUCGUGGAAAGAGGAGUAAAGAUGAAGAAGAUCAUACAUGUGCUGCUAGAGAAGUGCUAGAGGAAACUGGCUGUGAUGUUUCUAAGCUUUUGAAAUUGGAAGAUAAUAUUGAAGUUUCAAUUGGGCGGCAAAGAGUCCGCCUUUAUAUUAUAACUGGUGUUAAGGGAGACACUGUUUUUGCGCCUCAAACUAAGAAGGAGAUCAGUGAAAUCUCAUGGCAUAAAAUUGAUGAACUCCUUCCUGCUAGUGAUGACGCAAUAUCUCGUGGAGUGAAUGGGUUGAAGCUCUAUAUGGUCGCACCAUUUUUGCAUGGUUUAAAAGCUUGGAUAGCUACACAUCGUCCCACACAUCAGAAAUCAGACACAUCUGCCAGAGGUACCGUGUGGAAAGCGAAGAAUUCCUCAAGUGGUGUCCCAAGUGGGGCGGUACCUGUUGAGAACCCAGUAAUCACUAGAGCAGGAUCUGACCCGCAAACUGUUGACAGCCGCCCAGGUAGAAGCUUCCGAAACUUCAGGUUCGAGACAGCGAGUAUCCUGCAGUCCAUGGAAGCUUCCUUUCUACGUACCUAGGAGCCUGACAAAGCAUAACCUCGUGUGCAUGCUUGAUGUGUAUAGACUUGUGUAAGGGUGCCUUAUGUUGUUAACCCCGCCUUUUUCUUCCUUUCUUUAGCUGUAACUGUAACCCUGAACGCAACAAAUGCUUCCACCUUUGUGAUAUUAUCCCUACAGUUCGUGCA